ACUCUUGCCGGGCCGAAUUUUCCCCGAAAGGAGUGUCCGAGCCUAAACCCUCAAAAAUGCGUGAGUGUAUCUCCAUCCACGUCGGUCAGGCGGGUGUACAGAUCGGCAAUGCCUGCUGGGAGCUGUACUGUCUGGAGCAUGGCAUUCAGCCCGAUGGACAGAUGCCGUCAGAUCCGAACCCCGGUGUAGCGGACGACUCCUUCAACACGUUUUUCGCCGAGACGGGCGCGGGAAAACACGUUCCUAGGGCCGUGUUCGUUGACCUGGAACCCACAGUAAUCGACGAGGUGCGAAGAGGAAUCUACAAGCAGUUGUUCCAUCCCGAGCAGCUGAUCACGGGCAAAGAGGAUGCGGCUAACAACUACGCUCGCGGUCACUAUACGAUCGGCAAGGAGCUUAUCGACCAGGUUCUCGACAGAAUUCGCAAACUGGCUGACCAGUGCACAGGGCUUCAGGGAUUCCUCGUGUUCCACAGCUUCGGAGGAGGAACCGGAUCUGGUUUCGCCUCCUUGCUGAUGGAACGUCUCUCGGUCGACUACGGAAAGAAGUCCAAGCUGGAAUUUGCGAUCUACCCAGCACCUCAGGUGUCCACGGCUGUCGUCGAGCCGUACAACUCUAUCCUGACGACGCACACGACGCUCGAGCACUCCGACUGCGCCUUCAUGGUCGACAACGAAGCCAUCUACGACAUCUGCCGCCGCAACCUGGACAUCUCGCGUCCGAGCUACACCAACCUGAACCGCCUCAUUGGCCAGAUCGUCUCCUCGAUCACCGCCUCCCUCCGCUUCGACGGAGCCCUCAACGUGGACCUGACCGAGUUCCAGACGAAUCUGGUGCCGUACCCUCGCAUCCACUUCCCGCUGGUCACCUACUCGCCGAUAAUCUCCGCCGAGAAGGCCUACCACGAGCAGCUGACCGUCUCCGAGAUCACGAACGCCUGCUUCGAGCCGAACAACCAGAUGGUAAAGUGCGACCCGCGCCAUGGCAAGUACAUGGCCUGCUGUCUGCUCUUCCGCGGGGAUGUUGUCCCCAAGGAUGUCAACGCCGCCAUCGCGACGAUCAAGACGAAACGCUCUAUCCAGUUCGUCGACUGGUGUCCGACUGGAUUCAAGGUCGGAAUCAACUACCAGCCGCCGACGGUCGUCCCCAGCGGAGACCUGGCCAAGGUUCAGCGCGCCGUCUGCAUGUUGAGCAACACUACGGCCAUCGCUGAAGCCUGGGCUCGUCUCGACCACAAGUUCGACCUGAUGUACGCCAAGCGCGCCUUCGUGCACUGGUACGUCGGCGAGGGCAUGGAGGAGGGCGAGUUCUCCGAGGCGAGAGAGGAUCUGGCGGCGCUGGAGAAGGACUACGAGGAGGUGGGCACCGACGUUGCGGACGAGGACGAAGAGGAGGGUGAAGAGUAUUAGAGGCCGCCAUUUUGAUCCGACGCUGUCCCGAAAGAUGGUGCCAGCUCUAUAGGAAUCUCGAAAAAUCUCCCGGGAGUCACGCGAGAAAAUCUUCUCUAUAAGAUUUCGUAUUUAACGAGGUAUCUGUCGUUUCUGCUUGUUCAGUAAAAGCACUCUUAACACUAACAGUGCACAUCUUGGAUUUUUUCGUUAGAAUUUUCUGCGAUAUUUAAUUUGAUGUCAAUUGAUUAUGGCAGUGCCAAGUCAUGUAACUAAAUCAGAAACCUCUUGUCAAUAAACUCUUCUGCAACUUUAA